CGCAUCCUUCCUCGUGAAGCCAACUCACCAAUCGCGAUCCAUCGGAGACUCGCCUCCUCUCCUUUCCCUCUCCGACGGAUCUCUCUCUCUCUAUAACGCAUCCUUGACUUGAAUUCCAUUCCCAUCCACACCGCCACCGCGCGCCAUGGAAGAGGCCAGGGAGAGUCUGGUCAGGAAAACUUAUUUCGCCGACGGCGGCGGAGCAGCCGCCGCCCCGAAUUCGAAAUUCUCCCGAAGCGUAUCCCACGCCUACGACGAGCUGCACUCCUUCCGCAAUUGCCUCCGGUGGAUGUGCCUGGAUCAGUCCAAUUUCUGUUCCGCCUCCCUCUCCUGGCUCGUCUUCGUCCUCCUCGCGCUCGUCGUCCCGGGUAUCUCGCAUUUCGUGCUCGCCUGCUCCUCCUGCGACAGCACUCACGAGCGGCCCUUCGAUUCCGUCGUCCAGCUCUCCCUCAGCGGCGUCGCCACUCUCUCCUUCCUCUGCCUGUCUAGAUUCGGCAGGAAGUACGGCCUCCGGAGGUUCCUGUUCUUCGAUCGCCUCUGCCACGACAGCGAUACCGUCAGGAAAGGUUACACCAAGCAGCUCGAUAGUUCACUGAAGCUGCUUGCAAUCUUCGUCGUGCCAUGUUUUCUGGCAGAAUCGGCGUACAAGAUAUGGUGGUACGCUUCGGGCGCGUCACAGAUCCCAUUCCUCGGCAAUGUCCUCCUAAGCGACACCGUGGCGUGCGCAAUGGAGCUCCUCUCGUGGCUCUACCGCACCACCAUCAUCUUCCUCGUCUGCGUCCUCUUCCACCUGAUCUGCCACCUCCAGAUCCUACGGCUCCAGGACUUCGCCAAGUUCUUCGAGGUCGAUUCGGACAUGGGCGAUGUGUUGUACGAGCACCUCAAGAUCAGAAAGCACCUCAGGAUCAUCAGCCAUCGGUACCGCUCCUUCAUGCUUUGGGCCUUGAUCAUGGUCACGGGGAGCCAGUUCGCAUCCUUGCUCGCCACCACCAAGCCCGGCGCCAUCGUUGAUAUCUACCGUGCUGGAGAGCUUGCGCUCUGUUCGAUGACGCUUGUGGCGGGUGUUCUGAUUCUGCUGCGAAGCGCAACGAAGAUCACCCACAAGGCGCAGGCCGUGACGAGCUUGGCUGCUAAGUGGAAUGUCUGCGCCACGCUAGAGCGCUUCGACGCGACAGACGGCGAGACUCCCACGGCCGCGAUGAUGGCUGGUGGUGGUGCUGGCGACUCGGGGACAGAGACUGAUGAUGCAGGGGACGAAGAGGACGAGCUAGACAACUCCAAAAUCAUGCACGCUUACGCCUACAGCACGCUGUCAUUCCAGAAGCGACAAGCAUUGGUGACGUACUUUGAGAACAACAAGGCAGGGAUCACGGUUUACGGGUUCACCCUCGAUAGGAGCACUCUGCAUUCCAUUUUUGGGGUUGAGCUUGCUCUUGUUCUCUGGUUGCUGGGGAAGACCGUCGGCAUUUCUUGAACUUGCACGAUUGUAGAGUUUUUUCCUGUCCCCUGUAACUUAAUUAAGAAGAUGGAUCUAUAUAUGUAUAGUAGCAUCAAUCACCUGUCACAAAAGUCUUAACAGUGAUCUAUAUUUUAUAUACCAUGGCUCUUUUAGCCACCAACGAGUAAUGCAUAUGUGGAUUUGUGGGUACUUAGUAAGAAAUGACAUGUAUUUAUUGUUCAGUUUGAGAAUUGUGGCGGCCGGUGAAUGUUAUCAAUGCUAAUACCGGGUAUGUAGGUCUAUUUUCUAAUUGGGAGAGAGGAAGGGAGGGAUAGAUAGAUUCCAUAUGUGUUUACAUGUUUAUCAUUUUUGUGCUUUGAUUGGGUAAAAAAUUGUUUGUGCUGGAUUUUGUUCCGAUUUUCUUUUGUUUGUCGUGUCACUUGAUCAGUUUGUUGAUUGUAUCAUUAUUUACUUUAUCAGUUAUCAUUCAUGAUUGUCAGAGAAUUUUACAGAUGAUUUGUACUACAUUAACAAAGAUAGAGUUACAUA